CCCAGUAUGUUAGUGAGCACGAUGUAGUAUAUAUUUAGGUCCUCGUACAGUAAAAACACACGUUUUUUCCAUUACUUAUUAUUUAUUGCUUUAGUUUUCCAUCCCCAACACACCGCCAUCAUGGACAGCCUUCUAUCGGCGUUAUUUUCUUCUUCGGCGGAAGAGGAGUACGUCUUGGACUGCAUGGCUUACUUAAUGAUUUUAAUGGCAGCGUGCACGUUUGUUUCCUUGCUGUUAUUGAACGUGCCGUACGGGCGGUACGCUUCGAGCACAUACGGAUUCCCGGUGAACGCGAAACUGGCGUGGUUUGUCCAGGAGCUGCCCGCUUUCCUGCUGCCCAUAUGUCUGCUCGUGUGGGCAUCCUCGGCGAAGAGUUCCCUGCUAACAAAUCAGUUGCUCAUUGCCAUGUUUUUGUGUCACUAUACACAGAGGUCACUUAUUUAUCCAUUUUUAAUCCGAGGAGGUAAACCGACGCCAUUUCUGCCCUUUGUCCUGGCUGUUGUUUUCUGCAUCUAUAAUGGCUUCAUGCAGAUCAGAUAUCUGAGCAACUAUGCAGAGUAUCCUGCAGACUGGGUGACGCAUCCAUGCUUUAUUGCAGGCUCGGCUCUGUGGCUGCUUGGCUGGCUGACAAAUUUGCACUCUGAUCACAUCCUGAGGAAUCUGAGGAGGUCCGGAGAGAGCGGAUAUAAGAUCCCCAGAGGUGGAAUGUUCGAGUACGUAUCCGGAGCCAACUUCUUCGGGGAGAUAACCGAGUGGACGGGUUUCGCUCUGGCAGGCCAAUCUGUUCACAGCGCGGCCUUCGCCAUCUUCACCGCAGUUGUCCUCAGCAGCAGGGCGUUUGCCCACCACAAAUGGUAUCUUGCUAAAUUUGAAGACUACCCGAAAACAAGAAAGGCAUUGAUCCCUUUUUUGGUUUAGAAAAUACUCAAAUACAGUGAACACCCGUUUAUUGCAGGGGAUGCGCUCUAGACCCACCAGCGAUAGCUGAAAAUCUGAGACAUAGAGAGACCAAAAAAUAAAGCGUUUUUAAUAGUUUUAACACACUUUAAGUGCAUACAGUAUAAACCUAUUAAAACACAGUUUUUAAAGUAUUCCUUAGUGCCUCACUCUCGUGCUUGUUUGCACAGUUCUCCAAAUAAGAGACAAAGAGUGCUCAUUUCAAGCUGGUUAUUUUUCACUGCCAGUUGAAUUUUACUUUAAAACUGGCACAUAAAACUAAAUAGAAUUAAACAUUGUCUAUUUAACACCAACAUUUUCAACAAAACCAUGUCAUUUUGUCUUAACAAAAUUCCGCUAGCUUAAUGCUAACAAAUAAUUAAAAAUGCUAUAGCCUGGCUAACAGAAAUUAGCAUAGAUGUUACAGUAAAUAUAAACGUUCAAACAACAUAUGUCCUCACAGACAUAUAUUCUCUCUACGCUUGACUUUUUAAAUUAGGGUUUCGUCUUUUCCAGUAGACCUCACAACGUGGUAGUCUACUACACUGAACGCACGCAACUUCAAAUUCAGACUUGCCUGUAUACUGUAAAAACCCCUUAAAAAUGAUGGAUUAAAAAUCCCCGACAGGGGGUGGACAAUGAACCACGAGCGGGGGUUCACUAUAUAGGAUGUUUUUUUUACUAUUUGGCUGAUUUCUACAAACCUUUUUUGGGAGAAGUGUGACAUAAGCCAAGAGGGAAACCAUUCCACUUUGCUGCGAAUCCAGGAGUUUAUUGAUUUUUUUUUGCAGGUGGGGAGAAUGUUACUACUAUGUAACUACUAUGUAACUAAGUUACUACUAUGUAACUACAUGUUACUACUGAGGCAAAACUACUAUUGGGUAUUUUGGCGCUACUAUUGCGAGACACAUGCCUACUAGUUGGGCCUAGUAGUAUUACUAGAGCAGUGCAAUAGUUUACUAGUAAGGUUUCACUCCACACUAGUAGGCAAAAAGUGGUAUUAAUAGUGGAAUAAACAAGAGUAAGACACCGUCAUUCUAGUAGUGAACCCAAAGUCAUUUGAGCAUCUAUUUGCAGUGUACUACUUUUCAUUCUUAAUCCAGCGCACUAGUAGAAUAUUAAAUAAAAUGUUCAAACAACACACCAUACAUCCUCACCAUUUAACAUCCACUCGACUGGAAGCGAUGAAUAAGGGACCUUUAAUUCAGCUCAAGACAUCUUUUUUUGUUUUACCUCGUCACCGUGUGAGCAUAAAAAUCCGAAUUGAAACUUAACCACGCCUCCGGUCUGUAACCGUAGCAGGCCCGUCCGUCCUUAGCUCUUGCGCUGCAAAUGGAGCCCGUGUGGGGGGGAAGCUCUCAAUAACUCAGCCGCGCCUGAAAUGAACGGCAUCGAGGUUGACGACAAUCGUGGAUGUUUUAUGAGAGGCUGCCGCUAUGUAAAGGGAAACGUGAAGCUUGCACAUAAAUGACAAUUAAUAGUGUAGCAUUAGAAAAAGAGGGUGGGGACUGAUAUAAGAGAAAAGCACAGCUGGAGUUACAUUCUUCAUUUAUAGGAAAACUUAUAUGUAAGUGACCUUUUAGACGGCGGCAACACAGAGUGAAGUGUAAACUGAAGCUUGAGCUCCCACGGUGUGCCUGCAGCAAGUGCCAUCUGCAUUUUUUUCUCUGUAAAUCUUCACUCGGGUCAACAGAGGAGCCACUAUCUUAAGCAAUGGUACACACAUACCUGUUCUUAACAUCUUAACCUAUUUUAAAGUGGGACAAAGCCCUCCCGACAUGUGAAGAAAGUGAAAAUGGGCAAGUGUGCGCUUGCUGCUUUUGUAGUGUGUGGAGUACGGUACUCGAGAUAACCAAGACAGCACACCACACACGUAACGUGAUUGUUUCCUGAGCAGAUCAGGUAGGAAAAAUCAGUCUCGGCACUAACCACACCACAGGAUAAUCGCUCACGAUAAUUUUUUCCGAAACAUCCAAUAAUCGGGCCUGUGUUGACUUUGAUCGGAAGAGAAGAAAAAUGGCCCGAUUAUCAGUAUGUUUAUACCCAGCUUUAGCCAAGUUUAUGUCAUUGUGAAUUGUAUUUUUAAUGCAUUGUAUUUGAAAUAAAUUGUGCUUUAUCAUUUCAA